UCUUAUACUGUAAACUGCUUGUGAGGAAAUGCCGUGAAACUUGCGCGCCCAGACCGACUUGACACUCGCGGGAGCGCACCUUCCUUGCCACCGCGGCAGCUCGACGGUAUUAUGCAACAACUAUGUGCUCAUCGAUCUAGAUAGCAUGCGCGAGCUUGUUAACCAGGCGAGGAGCUGACAGCAAUAGAGCAAGCAGGACGAAUGGAGCCGGUGCUACACAAAAGCUCGCACCCCAGCCUCCCGCCUGCAGUACCACAGCAGGUGGUCCAGUUUCUGCUCGCAAAGAACUAUCACCUCACAGCGCUCGAGCUCCUCGUAGAGGCUCAGUCUGCCGGCCAUGGCGAUGAUGGGGCGUUCAAGGACCUCCAGGCCUUCUUCUCGGAUCCCGACCGCUUCCCGCCGGAUGAGCUCGCCCGUUACCAGCCCUCCAACGCGCUGGACCUGCAAGCCAUCGGUCGGGACCGGGAGUCCAAACUGCAGAUGGCCGAGUACGAGCUGCGGCUGGCCAAGGAGGAUUUGGCGGAGAUGGCUCGCAGGCUGGCGAAGCAGGAGCAGGAGGGACUCGGCCGCGCGGCGUCGGCUGCCAGCACUGUGGGUGCGACUGCGCUGAGUGCCACUGGCUCGCUGGCGCUGGCGCCCGCGGGUGCGGUGGCUGGGACAGCGCCCGCGGCGGGGCCGAUGCCGACGUCCGCGGCGGCGGCCGCUGCCGUUGGCGCGUCGCCCGCGCCGUCCGACCUGAGGGCCCUCAACGCGGCGGUGUAUGGGCACCUGGUGCGCCAGGGCCUGGUCACCACUGCCAUGAGCCUGGAGGAGGAGUACGGCGCGCAGCUGAGGCCACUGGCCUCGGCGGCGGCGGCGGCGGGAGCGGGAGCGGGGGGAGGAGGAGGUGGCGGAGCCGGAGGAGCCGGCGAGGGCGCGGCGGCGGCAGACCGUUGGGACCUGUGGGCAUGGUACCAGGCUGCGGCGCGGGAGGCGGUGGCGGCGGCGGAGGCAGCGGGCAGUGGUGCGCCGGCCAUGUCGGCGGCGGCCGCGGCGGCUGUGGCGGCCCAAGCGGCGGCGGCGGCCGCAUCAGGGCGCAGCAGGGCGUCAACGAAUGGAGGAGAGGACGGGGCGGCGCCGGGACUGGAGGAGCUGCUCCGGGGCGGCGGUGCAGAUGUGGAGCUGGGCUUGGAAGGCGAGAGCGGUGACGAGGAGGAAGCUGACGGUGCUGAUGGCGAUGGCGAUGGCGAGGCAUCUCCGGAGCAGCUCAGGGAGCAGCUUGCGGCCACGCGGCAGCGGCUGGCAGCCAUGAGGGCGCGGGCACGGCGGGCCGUGUCGGCGGCUAGAGCGGCUGCGGCGGCUGCCGCCACAGCGGCUGCCACAGCGUCGUCGCCGGGUCCUUUGGGUGCUGCGGGUGCCGCUGCUGCUGCUGGCGAUGUGGAGGGCGGUGGAGCCGUCAGUGCGCCAGCGCUGGUGCCGCUGCCGCCGCUGGAGCAGCCGGUGCCGGUGGUGUCGCUGCCGGGCGGGGACCUCCUGAUGGACCUGUUGGACCUGGGGACAAAGCCUCCCGCGGCAGGCGCCUCGCCGCCGCCGCCGCCGCGCGGCGCCUCGCCCCCGCCGCCCGGCGCCCUCACGCCCACCACCCUAGCGCUCGCCUCCGCCAGCUCCCUGGACUCCCUGGCGGCGGCCGGCGGCGCCCUCACCAUCACCGGCACGGAUGCCGCCUCCGAGGCCGGCGGCGGCGCCUCCACGACCGCAUCCGCCGGGCCGCCCUGGCUGCAGCGGCAGGCGGGCCCCGCCAUAGACGUGGCCUACCACGCUGCGCUGGAGGGGCUGCUGGGCGCGGUGGCGGAGCUGCUGCCGCGGCUGGUGCCCAACCUGACACUCAAGAGCCGGCAGGACGUGCUGCCGCUGCUGGUGUGUGCCGCCAAGACGUCUCCGGACUGGGCGGUGCGGCGCGGGCUGCUGGCGGCGGUGUUCAACCUGGUGCCGGUGCCGGACCCGCAGCAGCGCCAGGCCAUGCUGGACGCCUGUCUGGACUUGUGCCGCACCUUCGGCCCCAGCUGGGCGGCGGCGGAGCUACUGCAGCUGUGCGUGAAGCAGGCCAACAGCACUUCCGCGGAGCGCCGGGCGCUGGUUGCGGAGGCGCUGGGCGCGGCUGUGGGUGUGGUGGACGCCGGCACGCAGGCGCACGUGCUGCUCACACAGCUGUCACAGUUGGCGAAAGACCGACUGGAGCAGGUGCGCGAGGCGGCCUGCCACAGCCUGGCCCGCCUGGUGCCGCACCUGCCGCUGUCGCGCUCCUACUACAGCCCGCUGGAGGCGCUGCUGCUGGCGCUGGCCACCGACCCCGCUGAGGCCGUGCACGCAGCCGCGCUGUCCCGCCUGGCGCCCGCGCUGCUGACGUGGCAGGGACACCAGCCGCCGCCUGACGCGGCGGCGGUUGCGGCAGCGGGGGCGGCGGAGGCGGCGGGGGCUGCCAAGGCACGCGGGGCCUCCACGGGGCCGCUGGGGUCACUGGGGUCGUUGUUUGGGACGAUGGCGACGGCGGCGUCGCGGGGCGCGGCGCUGGACUCGUCGGCGGCGGCGGCAUCGGACCCGGAGCUGCUUGUGUCGUCGUGCCUGGCGCGGGUGUUGGCAGAGGUGUCGCAGUACGUGCGGGCCAUUGCAGACCAGCAGCAGAAGGCGGCGGCGGCGGCAGCCGCUGCCGCGGCGGCAGCGGACGCCGCGGCGGCUGCGCCCGCGGCAAGCGCUGGCGGUGGCGGCGGCAGUGGCUUUGCAGGCGCCAUCCUCAGGUACGCCAGCUCCGCUAGCGCCAGUGCCGCCGCCAGCGGCCAGCCCGCGUCCUCGUCUGGCGCAUCCGAAGGCGGCGCAGCGACGGGGGCGGGUCACGGGCACGGGCACCAGCAUCACCGCACCGGCAGCGGUCUGGGCGGCGGCGCUAGUUCUGCGCUGGCGGCAUCCGGCCCAGUGUCCUUCGGCGGCCGCGGCGCGCCGCGUGUGUUCCCCAGUGCGGCGCACCUGGCGCUGCAGCAGCUGCUGGCGCUGUAUGUUGCGCUGGCGCCGGCACUGCGCAGUGCGGCGCUGCGCUCGCGGCCGGCGUGGGCGUGCCCUGGCGACCACCCGAGCAGCGCCACCACCUCCGCGGCUCCGCACAACCACCCCCACCACCAAAACCACCACCACACUCGCUCCGCAGUGCCCGGACGCCACCAGCGCUCCGGCAGCACUGCAGACCUCACCGCGGAAUCCGGCGCAGACGACGGCGUGGCCACGGCCCUGGGCGGGGGCGGCGGCGGACCCGCCUCCUCCGCCCUCCAUGCCAGCGCAACCCGCGCUCUGUCCCCUGGGCAUCGCCGCACAGCAUCGCACCCACUGCCGGGCGCGGCCUCUCCACACACUGCCGCCGCCGUCGACACCGCUGCUGCCACGCCUUUGGCGAAGCAGGCAGGCGCAGCGGCACAGGGCGCUGUGGAGGGUGCCGGCGCGGCAGCGGAGGUCGAGGACGUCGAGGAGGCGAUGGAGCGGGAGCGGGAGGCCGCGGAGAGGGAGUGGGAGGCGGACGACGCGUCCUUGGGGCUCUGGGCGGGUCACAGCCAGCACGCAAGCUGGAAGACAUUGGAGUGGGUGGUGCAGCACGUGGUGCCCGAGAUCCUGACGCUGGUGUGCGUGGUGGGUCCGGCCGCGCCCGAGUCGGCUGAGGUGCGGCGUGCGGCCGCCAGCGCCGUGACCGCCACCUGCCAGGCGCUGGGCGUGCCCUUCACCCGCACCGCCAUGCUGCCCAUAUUCUUGGCCGCCUCCGGCACCGGCGCGGCGGCCGGCAAUGGCCCCAUGCCGCACGCCGCCUCGGCCGCCACCGCCGCGCCCUCGCCGCCCGCCGCGCCUCCCGGCACGGCGGCAGUGCCCACCGCGGACCCCUUCAUUGCGCCUGUGGCCGUGGCCGAUAUCUGCGCAGCGGCACAGCCGCGGUCGUCCGAGGCCCUGCGCACCGCCAGGCAGUGUGUGCUGCCGGUGCUGCUGGCCUGCGUGCUGCCCUCUGCGGGGCGGCCGGCGGGUCUGCUGCGGCCGCACCUGGGCGAGCUGUUCGGCACCGCGCACGAGCUGAGGCACCGCUGGCUCCUGGAGGCGCUGCCGGACUACACGGCCAGUCUGACCUUCGCCUGCAGCCUGAGGCCCGACCUGCAGCCCGAGGUGCUGGGCCUGUUCGAAGACCUGUUGUCGGGCCGCAGCAGCAGCAGUGGCGGUAAUGGUGUGCACGGCAGUAGCAGCGCGGCGGCGCUGGAGCACGGGGCCGCAAACGGCGGCGCUGCAGCACCGGAGGCGCCAGGGGCGGUGUCUGCGCGGACGUCCAUGUCGGGGGCGGCGACCGGGCGGCCACCAACUUCGCGGCGCUCCGGGGAGGGCAUGGGUCCGCCCGCGCCAGCCAGCGCGGGCCCGGCCAGCACAGCCUCUGGCGUGUGCUGCGUGGCGGUCGCCAGCGCGCUGGUGCCUCUGGCCAGCCUGGAGGUGGCAGCGCGGCGGCUGCUGCCCGGCCUCAUGGCGCUGCUCAGCCUGGGCGAGCCGGAGCUGCAGCGCGCCUGCGUGGGCGUGCUGGCGGAGCUGGGGUUGCGCUACCGCGGCGAGGCGCCCGGCAGCAGAGUGUGCGAGCAGGUCCUGGCCGUGUACGACAGCCUGUUGGAGCAGGGCCCCCAUGCCGUACAGCUGGAGGUUUUGGCGGCAGGCACCAACCUGGCGGCGGCGGCGGCGCACUCGGCGGCCGUAUCCGCGGCGGCGGCGGCGCAGGUGGAGUGGCUGCUAUUGGCAGUGCAGUCGCUGGCGGCGCGGCUGGCGGCGGCGUCUGCCAGUGGCGGUGGGGCGGCGGGCUCCACAUCGGGCGCGGCGGGGCUGCUGGGCGGGGUGGAGCAGCAGCGGGCGCUGGCAGCGGCUCUACUGGCAGCGGUGCGGACAUUGGCGCCUCACGACCUGCGCUUGCCGCGACUGCAGGCCACCAUGGGCUCGGCUCUGGACGCGCUGUCCCGCUGCAAGCCGCUGCUGCCGGAGGCGGCGCAGCAGGCCACCCUGGCGGCGCUGCUAAAGGACCGCCAGGCAUCGGGGCACGCCUCCAUCUCCUCCUCGUCUGCACCGGCCACUGCGGCCACCGCACCGGCCGGGAGCAACAUGGCCGCUGCCAGCGGGCCCUCGGCUACGGGCACCUCCGGGAUAUCCAGCGCCGGGGCAGCCUCGCAGUCGCAGCCGUCUGCCGGGUCCGGCCUGGCCACAACGCCGCUUCGGUCGUCAGCCGCUGCCGGGGUGCCGACCAUGACCUCCCCCUUGCACGGCAUGGGGAGCAACGCAGUUGCCGCGGGUGCAGGCGCCGCAGGCGGGCCAGCGGCCGCGCCUGGGGCCGGCGGCAGUGCGGCGGGAGCCCACGGUGCGGAGGACGGCUCGCUGCGCAGUCGGUUCGACGCUUUCAAGCAGAGGCUGCUGAAGCGCAAGGACGAGGCGCCGGCCCCUGCGGCGGGCGCCCCUGGCAGCAGCAGCCGGGCGUUUAAGGAAAUGAACUUCUUCAGCGAUGAUGAGGGAGAGAUGUAGCAGGGUAGCUGGGUAUCGGGUGAGGGAACUGACAGGCAGCGUGUAUAUGUGUAUGUGAUUGUACGCUUCAGGCGGCAAUGCAUUUUGAGCAUGAGGAAAUGGAGUAUGAUGGAAAGAGACAUGCAGGGCGGCCAGGCUCGUCGGCUGCUGUAAGGCAUGAGGCGGGCGUGUGUUGCGCAUUGCCCUCCGGCUAGCCGCACAACCUCGCAUCUUUAGCGCUGCCCUGGUGAAACUAGUGUGAGGGGGCGUAGAGGGGCGCAGAGGCUGCAGCGUGGCUGUCCGCUGCAGCUGCCCCAGUCGCGAGGCGAGUGCGGGGCAAGGUGCGGGGCGGGUUCUCAAUCGGGCACGGCAGGGCAAGCCCAGGCCAGCCAGCACUUCACCACAUGUAACGUGCCUUUUAC